AUGUUGUAUCAGAUAUUCGUUCUCGUCUGCUGGUUUUCAGUAGGCGCCUCCGCGGGGGAUGAAGGAGAUGAUUUCUCAAAUAAUCUCUUUUCGGAUUUGGCACCCUUGUUGGCCCUGUUCGGCGAGCGGGUUACCAUGCAGUUCAUGAGCCAUUCUAUGGGCUGGGCCGACCACAUUAUCCUAGCCAUGGGCCCGCUAGGGAUUCUGACGGUCAUUGUCAGCGCCAUCCGAGUUGGCGGUCCAACCUGGCUCAAGGCUCUCGUUGGAAGAGCAAUGGAAAACCUCGCGGCCGCCGAACUGGAUAUCCUAUCGUCCACGUCCCAAGAAGUUUGCGAGCUCUGGAAUGGGCAACAGGUUGUGAGGUGCAUGGGCCAAAGCCCCGUGACGGAGUUUAUUAUCCUCAAACCGGACAAGAAACUUGAAAGCCCCCCUAGAGUAGUAGUACAGGAUUGGGAUUAUGCGUUAGAGAAACAUUUUCAAGAUACAAUCAAGAGCAGUCUCUCCUCUCUAAAGGGGACUAUUUCACACAUAAGCUCUUCCGACCUUUGGCACCGCAUGUUCCGCUUGAAAGCUUCGCCUGAUAUCGUCAGGGCGGAAGAAGGAUCAGCGAAUGAUCCGCCCAUUCCCCUCGGAAGCAUUGCCACAUCAGGUUCCACCGGGGCUACAGAUAACGGAGAGCCCAAUGCAACUUCCUCGCCCCUCAAAGAUUCAACUCCCGAAAUUUUUGUCAUACGAAAUACGUCUAAGCAUGUGCCAAACAUUUCUCUGAACUGUCAUAAGGGCUCUAGAAAAUCGGAGCUUUGGUUGUUUGCAGCCAUCGGAUGCAUUCUCCAGCUCGGUGCUGUGACAUACUGGGGAUUCGCAACGUACUACCCGACAAUGAGAUUACCCAAAGAUGGGAAAGAGGUUGCAACCUAUGCCUAUCCUUGCACUGCAAUCGGUACAAUUGUUCUGGUACUUGGUGUAAUGGUUUGUUCACAUGUCGUUGAAAGCAAGACCAUCGAGAAGAUAUAUACUCCUCGUAAUGGCUUGAAGGCUACAAUGGUUUGGUUACAGCAGGGUAAAACAGUCAACGAUCAGUCUUUCGAUUCCUAUGCUGUAUUUUUCGACAAAGGGGCAAGUCCCAUUAUCACGUCUGAGAGACCAACGUCCGAGAGACCAACGUCCGAGAGACCAACGUCUGAGCCAACAAUAUUUGACCGACUUGGUCUCAAUAUCACUUCUUUGGAAUUCGAAACUAUUUUUUGUACUCUGGUCACAAUAUGUGGAUUCGUCAUACAGUUUGUUGGAUUGCGCGGAAUGCACUGGUCUGCUUCCGUGACCCAACUUGGCAUCGUUCUCAUUAUGGUCGCGGCCAAAGCCUGGGUUCGCCGUGGGCUGGCAUCCCCUCCAAAGUGCAAGAAACUCCUAUCAGGAUUCGAGCUUGAGUGGCUCAGUAGAGUGCUGCGAGACCCCAAGGCUUUCGACUCCCUUGCUGAGAGGUCUGAUCAGCCGGAAACACCUGACAUGGAAGAUUGGACAAUCGACACGUUUGAAUCAUCACAGUUACUAAGGAAGAGGGAUGCAAAUGAGUCGGACGCGACUGAGUCGGUAUCUGAGUCGGACGAAACUGAGCCCGCAUCUGAGUUCGAUGCAACUGAGACUAAGCCACAUGACUUGAUGUGGAACAGGCUGAACCUGGGUAAACUAGCAAGCUACUGCGAUGGGCCUUCGAAACAACCAACAUGGUCUGGACCUUCGUCUGGGGAGGGCAUCGCUGUCGCAAAAUCCAUUGAAAUUGUGAUGGAUGCUCUCUUCUCAGAAACAAAAGGGACGUAUGUUUGGUCUUUAAAAAGCUCGAAAGGCCAAUCUGUUAAUUUCCGGGCCGAACGGCACCAAUUAAGUCAAAAGUGGAAAGUAUACUCCGACGAGAUCGAAGCAGCCUUGUCUUUAUGGCUAUUCGCUGUCGAGCUUCAUUCCCGCCAAAAAGCAACGGAACAGGGUGAAAAACCAGCCUCGGUUGCAGAUACUAGGGAUGAUUCUUGGUUGGAAGCAAAAAGGCUGUCUGCCAAGCCAUCGCUUAGUAUCCUUGGGCGAUAUUCACAAGCCCUGCACCGGGAUAUCUGGUGGUGGAUGCCGACGAAAGAAGCAAAACUUUUGGUCCUCAAAAAUAGUAGCUUGGAUACGGCAGGCAACAAUUCUAGUGAGAUUAGGCUCGAAACGUAUACAGUCAUCGUUGGCCGUGGGUUUGACGGUGUUGGCGCGGCCAAGAACAACGCGGCCCAAUUCAAAGGAAGCGACUUGGAAGAACCUGAAUUCGAAGCAAAUAGUGAAUUUUCUGAUGGCUCAAACCCUUCGUUCUUGGCCGCGGCAAAAGAUAUACCACUCAGGCUAGCAGCUGCUCAGGACAUGUUCUCUGCUUUCAUGUGGGGAGCUACAGCGAAUACUAAAGCUAGUCCUCAUUUCGGCAAGGCUAUUUUGCGGUCUGAUGCUAAUAAUGGUGGCGUGAACAAUUUGAAGUCCUUCGCGAUAGUGAAUGAUCGUCUUUCUAAAAUGGCCUUUGAAAUCCAGCAAACUGGGCUCGGCAGUCUUGAACAAGUUUACCAAUGCCUUCUCCCCCCUCUUAGCGUCAACAAGAAGCUACCAGGACCUGACGCCAUUAUUGACCUAGCACGAAGGGAGGCCAGAGUGUAUGAGCAAAAGGCCCAGUGGGAAGAGGCUAAAGAUAUCUAUAUGUGGCUUUUCAGAAGAACAAGAACUUUUGAUGAGAACAGCUUCAUCUAUAUCAAGGCCACCGCUGCCAUGCUCCGAUUUUGGAGGCAGGUCGUCUUUGCCAUCGAAGAUGGGGAAACUGAAACCAGAAAAUUAAGACGGAUGGCUACAUCUCUGGAACAUGAUUUGACAGGCCUAAACGUAUUUCCGAAAUUGAAGGCGCUCUACCAUUUCCAGAAUCGUGGUUGGAAUGAGAAACAAACCGAAAUUGAAGCUAAAGGAGAAGAUUUCCCACCCCAAUUCCACGUCGAUGAUUGGCAUAGACGGGCCAGAGAUCAUAACCUAUUGCCCAAUCACAAACCCUCGAGCGAGCCUGUUGAUGUCCUUGGCUGGACACCCUUCCAUUACGUAGCUUCGACACAAGAAGGAUUAAGCGACAGGUAUAUUGCUAUGACGACAAAGGUUUUGAUUGGCACAUGUGAUAUUAACGCUCGCGAUCUGCGGGAAUGGACACCUUUGCACUAUGCUUGUCGUGUAGGCCGAGUUUCCACAGUGCAACUGAUGAUAAGCGAAGGCGCAGAUGUCGACGCACAGGGGAGGGACAACUUCUCGCCCCUUCAUUGCGCAGCUUUCUCCGGCCAUCAGGACACCGUCCGGGCGCUGAUCCAGGCUGGGGCGAAAGUUGACAUACAGGAUGUGUUUGGCAAUUCGCCGUUAUUGUGGGCUGCAAGAAAAGGGCACGGCGACGUUUGUGGCUAUCUUAACCCGAUAGCAAAUCGUCAAUUGCGCAAUUUUCGUGGAAGGACUGCACUUCAUCAAGCCGCCAUGUCGGCGAGCCAUGAAACCGUGAAACUACUACUCGGUGACGGCAAAGAAUUUGAACUCGAAACCAAGGAUCGAAAGGGCCAGACCCCGUUGCACCUUGCAGCUGAGAAUGGGCAAGAGGCUGUUGUAAAGCUGCUGUUAGAGAAAGGCGCAGAAAUUGAGGCUAAAGAUAGCUUUAGCCAGACCCCGUUGCACCUUGCAGCUGAGAAUGGGCAAGAGGCUGUUAUAAAGCUACUGUUAGAGAAGGGCGCAGAAAUUAAGGCUAAAAAUCACCUUAACCAGACCCUACUACACCUUACAGCUAAGAGUGGGCAAGAGGCUUUUGUAAAGCUGCUUUUAGAGAAAGGCACAGAAAUUGAGGCUAAAGAUAGCUUUAGCCAGACCCCGUUGCACCUUGCAGCUGAGAGUGGGCAAGAGGCUGUUGUAAAGCUGCUGUUGGAGAAAGGCGCAGAAAUUGAGGCUAAGCGUGGCUUUGACCUGACCCCGUUGCACCUUGCAGCUGAGAAUGGGCAAGAGGCUGUUGUAAAGCUGCUGUUAGAGAAAGGCGCAGAAAUUGAGGCUAAAGAUCACUUUAGCCGGACCCCGUUGCACCUUGCAGCUGAGAGUGGGCAAGAGGCUGUUAUAAAGCUGCUAUUAGAGAAAGGCGCAGAAAUUGAGGCUAAAGAUCGCUUUGGCCGGACCCCGUUACACUUUGUAGCUAAGAGUGGGCAAGAGGCUUUUGUAAAGCUGCUGUUAGAGAAAGGCGCAGAAAUUGAGGCUAAAGAUCACUUUAGCCGGACCCCGUUGCACCUUGCAGAAAAUAGAGAGCAAAAGGGUACGAUUAAAUUGCUGCUUAAGAAAGGCGCAAGACCAAAUAACCCUAGGCGCAGAGAUAAGGCACAGGCUGCGCAUCUUUACAUAGAUGCUUAG